AUGGGGGUUGUGCGGCGGGUUAACGCCCCGCCCACGCAAAAAACCAUUGUUACGAAACAGACACAAGAAGAAAUACGAUCCGAUCCCAAUAACGACGACCAACGGCAUGGAACAACGGACCUCCGAUUAGCCUCAUGGAAUGUGCGAAGCUUGAACAAAGAUGGUGCCCUGUAUCAACUCACCAAUGAACUCACAAGGCAUAAAAUCAACAUAGCCGCGCUACAAGAAGUGAGAUGGCCGGGACAAGGAGAAUGUGAGUUAGAAAACGGAGCCGUGCUAUUUUAUAGUGGUAACAGCAGCGGCCACCACAUUAAUGGUACUGGUUUUAUCGCAAAUAAAGAUGCCACUAAAAACAUUAUUAGAUUCGACGCAAUAUCUGAGAGACUAUGUGUUCUAAGGGUAAAGAGCAGAUUUAGUAAUAUCACAAUAGUAAACGCGUACGCACCGACAGAAUCAGCAAGCGAAGAGGCCAAAGACAUUUUCUACGACGAACUAGAAUCUGUCUAUGAUCAGAUCCCCGAAUAUGACACAAAAGUUGUUUUGGGCGAUAUGAACGCGAUGAUUGGCAAAGAAGAGGCGUUUGUACCCACAAUUGGCAAACAUAGUAAACAUGACCAGUCAAACGACAAUGGCAUCAGAUUGAUCAAUUUUGCGUCUUCUAAAUCCAUGGUAGUGAAGAGUACAAUGUUCCCACACAAGGAUAUACACAAAGGAACGUGGAAAUCACCAGAUGGAAGAACAGUCAAUCAAAUUGAUCAUAUCCUAGUUGACUUAAGGCACAAGAGUGUGGUAGAGGAUGUCAGAGCAUAUAGGGGACCAGACUGUGGUAGUGACCACUAUAUGCUAGGUGUCAAAAUGCGGGCGAAGAUAAAACUUGCAAAGAAGCAUAGGAAACCAACUGAAGAACCAUUUGAUACAGAAGCUCUUAAGGAUCUAAAAAUGAGAACAACUUUUAAAAUAGAACUCGGCAACAGGUUUAAACACUUGCAGGUAGAGGAAAACAUCGACAGUGAAUGGGCUGUAAUCAAAGCCACGAUCAAAGACACUGCUCUGAAAGUUCUAGGCAAAAGGAAGAAGAGAAAGCGAAGGAAGUGGUGGACGGACAAAUGUGAUAGAGCAAGUGAAGAAAAGCGGCAUUAUAGAUUACUAGCAGAACAAGACGAAGUAUGGAAGGCGAAGUAUGAAGAAGUGAAAAAGGCAACGAGAAACACCAUACGAAAGGCUAAGAAAGAACACCUAGAGAACUUAGUAAAAGACAUGGAAGCACUAAUGAACGCCAAUGCCACACGUAAGUUCUAUCAAGAGCUAAGGUCUGUGAAAAAAGGCUAUCAACCAACCUCACAGUUCCUUGAAGACUCGGAAGGGAACCUGGUAACGGAUGAAGACAAUCGCAAGGACAUGUGGCUUAAAUAUUUCCAGGAGCUACUGAAUUGUCCUCCGGUUGACGUUCAAAGCCUUGGCAUAGGUGAAGAUAGUGAGAACCAAGCAGAAGUACAACCACCAAGCAUUGAUGAAGUAGUAAGCGCCAUCACUAGGCUAAAGAACAAUAAAUGUCCGGGUAUUGAUAAUAUCACCGCCGAAGUCUGGAAGCAUUGUGGUAAUGAGGUACAGGCACGAAUACACAAGCUGAUUCUGAAGAUCUGGGAAACAGAAAGACAGCCGGACGAAUGGAAUGUUGGCGUUAUCUGCCCCAUCCACAAAAAGGGAUCUAGGAAAAGAUGCUCAAACUACCGGGGUAUUGCAUUGCUGCCAACUGUUUAUAAGAUCCUCUCCUACAUACUGCUACGUAGACUGGAACCGUAUGCAGAAGAGACUCUGGGAGACUACCAGUGUGGAUUCCGACGUAAUCGUAGCACCGUUGACCAGAUUUUCCUGCUUAAACAGCUAAUGGAGAAGAAGUGGGAAUACGCGCAAGACAUUCACGCACUUUUUGUGGACUUCACGAAGGCAUACGACAGUGUAGACAGGGAAAUACUGUUCAAAAUACUGCUAGUAUUUAAAAUGCCGAGAAAACUAGUGUCCAUGAUAAAAGUGGCUACGGGCAUAAGUAGGAUGCGCGUAAAGGUGGACGGUGACCUGACUGACGCCUUUUCCGUGGUAACCGGGCUCAAGCAAGGAGACGCCUUGUCACCCGCGCUGUUCAAUCUGGUGUUGGAGUAUGUCAUCCAAAAAGUGUUGACACAUGAUGGCGGAGUACAACUGAAUGGACAGCACAAGGUGAUCGGGUACGCCGACGACUUAGCUCUGUUGGGGGAGAGUGAACGCGAGGUCCAAGAAGCUGCCAAGAUACUGGAAGAGGAAGCUCACAGGGUCGGGCUCAGAAUCAGCACGGAAAAGACCGAAUACCUCCACAUGACACGACACCGAGGCAACCAUGAGGUGGAUUCGACGUCCAAGGAGACGUCCAAGACCGUGGUCCACGAGGACUACAAAUAUUCGAAGAGUAAAGACAACGACGUGGCAGUGUUGGUGCUGCCGACCAGUAUGAGCAACUACCGGAGCAGCUCGGUGCAGCCAGCCGUCAUCCCCCCGGGGGGGUAUGUGGUUCCGGACAACGCGUCUGUGGUAGCUGUCAGGUGGGGACAAACUGAUAUGAAAUGCAUCAAGUCAAACCCCCUCGGCCUGCGGCACGUGGGGCUGCGCACGGUGGACCGAGACACCUGCGGCGCGCGGUGGGGGGCUCCAACCGCAGACUCCAUGCUCUGCGCGGCGCUGCUUGAUGUUGGAGGAGCCGGUAUUUGUACGGGUGACUCCGGUGGUCCCCUGGUGUACAACGAGGUGGUGGUGGGGGUGACCACAUUUUCGAUGACAUGCGACGAUUCCUUCUACCCUCAAGUGUUCACACGCGUCUCUAGCUAUACGAACUGGAUCAACAACACUGUAAGUAGUUUAAUGAAAUAUAGAAAUAGAAUAGAGCCUUGGGCCAGUGCCCUGCUGUACUGCACUCUUGCACCCCACGGCUGA